CGGGUUAGUGUUUAACCAAAAACUCCUCAAUGAUCAUAAAUAAACGAGUAUCUUCCUCAAAAUAUUUCCUGUAAUCAAUUUCUUGCACUGUUUGUGUUCUUUUUAAAUCAUGUCGUUGUAUCAAGAAUAUCAAGGUGAUAAUCCACCACGAGAGAGGAUAACUAGACCUGUGUGUCCCCAUCCACGUCCUCCACUCUCACCCAUUCCCUCAAAACCCAAUUUCAAAUGCAAUUUACGUCUUCCAGAUGAUCCAUCCCCUAUCCCGAGAACAACUCCAAUAGGAUUUCUCAUUGAUGAUGCCAGCAUGGACACUUCGUACCCAGGAGGUGACAACGAGUCCAUACUUUCCGAAGCCAGAUCGUUCCUUACUCCCGACUUAAAGGAUGGAUGCGAAUCCAUGAAUCGAAUAGCGUCCCCUUCCGACCUAACAUUCUACUCGUAUUUGAGUCAGCUCAAGUCUACACUUCCUUUAUUGACCCAUACAGUCUCGCCCUGCAACGUGCUAGCCCAAUUUUUCGCCAAUGAAAUCUACCACGCUAACAAUUUAAUCACGAUAUGUUAUCUGUUUUGCAACACUGAAUUCCAUUCGUUUCCUCAUACAAGUAUACUUAAUCCCUAUAUACCCCAAGAUAAAACUCAUCACUCGCGGAUGAUUCACCAGUUGAAGAAAUUGCAAGAGAUUACACGGGAGUUGAUUUCUCGCUUGGCCAUGUUCAACAGUCUAAUUGAUAAGGUGAAUUUGUUUGAUGUUUCAUUCACGAAUUUGCUUUCCAUGAGGGCCCAAUUCACCUAUUUGAUUAAUAAUUUCGUUAUUGAAGAAAUUGAAGAGAUACUGAAGAAACUACAGCGGGAAUUGUACAAGUACAAUCUUUUUGUUGAAAACAUAAUCGAAAGUGAUGACAAUUAUGUCGAGCAGGAGGAUGAUAUUAGUUUUGCCACAAUCGAGAAUUUGAGAUUUAAGAUUGAGCAAACAUUAUUGUUUAAAACAAACAAAUUGACCAAGGUCGAUUUACAACAUUUUUAUGAGGUGUUGAUCACAGGCGUGAUUGAGGAUGCCGCAUGGUGGAAUUAUAUAGAGAACUUGCGGGAUAUGGUGUAGCAUUAGCAUGUAGCAUUUGUAUAUAUUUGGUUAAUUUAUAGACGUUUAUAAAUUUGCAGUUCGCAAGUUU